AUGCUAUCUUAUUUAUCCAGUCCGGCUACGUUUGCCACUUUGCCCGUUUUCCAGAACAAUUUUUUGCCAGAUAACCUAGAUGAGCCACAGAUGAAGAGGAGGAAGGGAAACCAACAUCAGACGUUUAUUCCUAGACGUAAGAGCAAGAGACAGGCAGAUCCUUCAAAAGAGUUGAAAUAUUCUGUAGCGAAGACGAAUUCUGGUUACAUAUUGAGCAUUCUCAAAAGCGUACCCAAACGCAUUCUCUCCAGAGAAAUACAUAAACAAUUACUUGAAUUAAGGGAACAGUAUUAUCGUCCAGUGUACCAAAUCGUCGAGGAUUUUGCCGGAAAUCAACUGUAUAUGGAGGAAACACCAGAUGAAGAUGCGCUACUGGAAAGUGUGCUACCCCAUUUGAAUAUGUCAUUAAUUAGAAAACGAAUUACAAGGGAACUUUUCCAAGAUUACGAACUUGAAUUGAACCACAGAGGAGAUGAAAUAAACGUGAGAAGUGCACGCGAUAAUAUCUCUAAAGAUUUUGAAUUGGAUGCAGUUUUUGAUGAUGCGAAAUUGUUAGGAUUCAACAUGAUCGAAAAUAACGAGUUUGCCGUUAUGAAAAUUGAGUUGUUGGAAAGAAGCAAGUCGGUGAGGAAUAUUGAAGUACAAUUCGACAGUGCGCGCUCGUUUGCAAAGACUCAGGCUUCAUAUGUAAGCAUGAUACAGCACACUCCACUACUGGAGGAAAUACCCGAUGAAGAAGUGGAGCGAUAUCAAACUCUGCUCGCUGCGGACGACCCCAGUAGCACCUCUAUAAUUAACGAUAUAUGA